UUAUUUUUCUGAAAUGGCAAUGGGGCAAUAUAUAUUAUUAGUAAUAUUUUACAUGGCGUCAUCACGCGAUUAAUUCUAACCAAUGAGACUGCUGGAACUACAUCGCUAAUGAACUGUCAUUCGGGAACGACUGGUACCACAAACAGGUAAGCUUUUUAAAUUUCUAUACCUUCUAUUACCUUGAAUUGUUUUACAUCCAUUUUGGUGUUAAUUUGAUUUAUUAUUGUUUUUCCGUUGCUAUUUUACACGAUGACUAACUUACGACCGAGCUAGGCAUGAUGGCCGGGUCAGUCAGUCAUGUCUUUGUUUUAAAUUUUUAAAUAGCGACGAAAACGAGGAUUUAUGUAGCGUAAAUACAAUACCUAAGCCGCACAUUCUUAUUAAAUCUCAUACAUAUGAUGAAUGUAAGUUAUAUAAUGUAGGCUUAUAUGAUGAAUGUAUAAUUGAUAGACAUCGAUAAACACUAGGCGCUGACAAACAGCGAAUCAUAAAUUUACAUAUACAUGUGCAUUGUAUUUUUACAAAGCUACGGUCAUAUUACUAUCAUGUUCUUGUGACUUAAAAAUAACAUAUUUUACAAUUAUAACUUUGUACAUGUUGUCUCACGCACAAGCUGGCGUAUGCUCUGGAAGAGAGAGUGAAAGAGAGAGGGGACUGGCCUAUAUAUUCACCCGAAAAGAUGAUUGAUAACUGUUAAAUGAAAUCAACCAUCUGUAAUAUUUAAUUAAUUAUGAAAAGACAUAACGGAAGUAAAACAUUUAGGCCAUAAAAUAAUAAUCACAUUAAAUAUUAAUGUAGUAAUAAUUUCUCAUGAAUGUGUACAUUUCAUCAGCACGUUCAUCCAUACAGAGCAAUAUUUGCCUGAUAUAUUAAUUUUUGUUUAUUUUUCUCCCUCUUCCUUGUGUGUAAUCAGAUCAUUGGUUCUGCUCUUAUUUAUUGCCAUCUAGUCCUGUCCUCCAGCCAUUAAGCAGACCUGAACCAGUUGAUGAAGGUCUUCAGGAUCACCAGAAACUACAGGCAGGUGUGUGAGCAAGUUGGAGCUACACACUGCAGGACGUUGGUCCUCCAUGACCAGGACUGGAUACCACUGUUAUAAUGAACUCUGGAGCAAGUUCUGUUAAGGAAAUGAGCAGCAAUCAAGAGGGAGAUGAUGAGAAAAGGAGAAAGUCAUCUCAAGUGGCUAGCAGUGAGGUGGAGGAGGAAGAGGAGGAGGAGGAAAAGGAUGAUGGUGGGGACGUGGAGGUUUCUGAUCAGGGACAUCUGAAUGAUGAAAACUCAUCACAGAAAGAUACCACAAAUGUCUCUGCCAAAGCUAAAAGAGGAAGAAAAAGAAAGAUUGAAGCUGAACAGGACUCUGAUACAGAAAACUCAAGCCCCACUUCAUGUGCUCCUGGUUUAGAUGUAUUAUCAGCAGGUGGACCGAUUCCGUUACUAAAGCGCAGAGGAAGAAAACCUAAAACAGAGAAAUCUCUGCAGCUGCAACAACAGGCUUCAAAGGAACCACUGAGAUUAGGAAAAGAUGGAAAGAGAGAUGAUAGAAAAGGUGACAAGAGAAAAGAAGUUUCUGCAGAGGCCAGACUGCAUAAGUUGCAUGGGGAGAUUAAAACAUCUUUAAAGAUUGAUAACCUUGAUGUGAGGAAAUGUUUAGUUGCAUUGGAUGAGUUGAGUUCACUGCAUAUUACUACUCAGCAUCUUCAGAGACACUGUGAACUCAUAGCUACUCUUAAAAAGAUCCGCAAGUUCAAAGCCAGCCAGGAUGUGAUGGACAAAGCCACAAUGCUGUAUAAUAAGUUUAAAAGCAUGUUUUUAAUGGGAGAAGGAGAGUCAGUGCUCAGUCAAGUGCUCAAUAAAAGUCUGACUGAACAGAGACAGUUUGAAGAAGCCAAGAGGGGAGUGCUAAAACACACAGAACAGAUCAAAGAGCAGAAAGAUCAUCUUGUUUUUGGAUCCGGAGAUGCUGUACUAUUUCAAAAGAUGCGUAACAGCGCCCCCUACCGUAUAAGAUUGAGAACAUGGAUUGCCGGAAAAACACAUCAAUGCAUUGUCAAAUGGUGGAAAAUCUUGUCAAUGAUACCAAGAUUUUGAAUGGAGACUUCAACCCUGAAGAGGAUGCUGAGACAAAGAUGGAGAAAUUAGGAUAGAAUAUCCUAUGUGUUGUGAAAAACAAGUAAUAUCUUGUUUGUAGUGUGACUAAUCCCUCGGAGGAGUCUGUCUGAAGAUGUUGUUUGUUCACUGAAGAGCCAUCAGUUGCCAAGUGGAGUGAUUUUAAUUAGGGAUUUUAAUCUCAAAAUAUCAUUGUGAUAUUUACCAUACCUACUUGGUUUAAAUGUGUUAAAUCUAAGUUUUACUGUAUAGCUUUGUUCUGGUGUUGCAUCUUUAAAAUGAUUUAUUUUAAUACAGGCAAAUGUUGAUUCUUGCUUGUGUUUCAGUAUUCAUGCUCUUAAGACUGCUGUCAUAAAUGUGUUUUAGCCUUAAUAAAGUAGUGUUUACUUCAGAA